UUUUAGACCCAGAGACAGAAUAUUUAAAAGUUCUCGACAGCUCUUUAAGAUUUGAAUAUAGAAAUCUGCAUGGCGAUAUAUUUUCUGCAGUUUGGUCCAUCCAUUUCUCCAAGCUUAUGAUAAAGGGAAAAUCUGAUCUGCUGGAGCUAAAUUCAUUACAAAACAGAUUUAUCAGAAUUGCGUUUAAUGAGGUGAGACCGGCUUUUGGUUUAACCAAUGGAAAAUCUGACAUGAGUACUUUUGAGGGAUUAUUUCUAGGAAGUUACACAGGAAAAAGAAAUCUGAACACCCAGUACAUAGAUAUGGAAAGUAAAUGGGGAAAUUUUGAUUCUAAGACUGGGAUAUGGACAGGGCAGGUUGGAAAAAUUGCGUAUGGUGGAGCAGAUCUCGGAAUUGGAUAUGUUGGAUUCAGCGCAGAACGAAAUUCUAUUAUAUCCUUUACAAUGCCUGUCGGGUUUGGAGGGUUAGAAUGGAUUUCUAAGAACAAGGGCAGAGAUUCUCCUUUCUACAAUAUCAUCAAGGAAUAUUUUACAUGAUUUAUUUUUCAACUAAUUUAAUUUGAUUUGAUUUGUUUUAUUAAAAUACAUAUACACUGUAAAUACCUAUAUUAUAAAAGCAGAACUCAACAAAAAAUUUUAAAUAUAAAUAUUUUAUUCAUUUGUUUCGCUGAUUAAAUAGCAUUUUUACUUUUUUUUAUAUUGGCUCCAUUAGUCGUAACAUUU